UUUUGGCUGUUUAUCUUCAUUGCUGGUAUUUUUUAAAAAUUUUUUGGGGUGUCUCCAACAGUUUCGAUUCUCUGCCCGACGAUGAUUUUUAGGCGUUUCUCCAACCUUGAGUUCCGACGACCCUUUAUCCGACAUUUCCAUUUCCUGAAAAACUUCUUCUCGACAAGGAGGCCAUCCCUUGUAUCGUAUUACACCAGAUUUGUGUGUCCAGCAAGUAUUUUCUAUUCUUCAUUAUAUUCCGAAUCAAUAUACCAAACAUUUACAUUUCUCGGUCUUUUAUUAAUUUAUUCCCCAACAACAAAUAUUUCUUCACGUCUAAACUUGUUGUUUGCUUCAGCCGUAUUUUCCUUAGCUUUUUUGACUCGUUCAAAUGGAUUGACUAAUAUUGGAUUUAUUGGAUUCCCUCUCUUGUUGGAUGUUAUUAUUUUUAUUGAAAGACAAAUACCUAAUGAAAAUGGUGAGGGGGAAAGAGGAGGAAUGAUUGAUAAAAAUGGUGGAAUAUAUCAACAAAAAUAUCAACAAUUUGAAUUUCGGGAAUUUUCUGUGGAGCUGGUUAAAAAGGUUUAUUUUUUAAUUUAAUUUUUUUUUGAGUCCACCCUAGGAAAACCUAUUGACCCUGAAGACCUAGAAAUUUUGAAAGGGAAUAUCAAAGUGAAUAUUGAGUGAUUUGGGGGAGGGGCGUUAUUGAAAGGUAGUCGAGAUUCAUGAAAAGACUGGGCCUGUUUCUGGGUCCUGG